AUGUUAUCAGGGCUUUUCAGUCUCCUCCUGCUGAAGCGAAAGCGCCGUACAAACUGCUUAGAGACCGGAUAUCGUCUAAUUGACACGGCUGCUGUUUAUCAAAACGAGGAAGCUAUUGGUGAAGCAAUUAAGGAGCUGAUUCAGGCCGGGAAAGUCACUCGUGAAGAACUUUUCAUCACAACUAAGCUUUGGGCCACUCAUUUUCAUCCUGAUGACGUCGAAGGAGCUAUCCGCGAUUCUCUUCGUCGACUUCAAGUGGACUAUGUCGACCUUUAUCUUGCACAUGCGCCAGCAUGCUUCAAUCAUGAUAUGACGGCACAGAACCAUGCAGUGACUGUGGAAGAUAUAUGGCGUGGCUUGGAAGGGGUCUACAAGAAAGGUUUGGCAAAAUCGAUUGGUGUCUCCAAUUGGAGCAUCGAGCAAAUUGAACGCGUCAUGAAAAUGGCGCACCUAUACCUAUUCAUUAAUGCCAGAAAAGUUCACUGGGCGCCAGCUCCAAAUCCAAUGGAAGAUGCCAAUGUGAAGAAACUGGCUGAAAAGUACUCCAAAACUCCGGCGCAGGUGUAG